AUGACGGCGAGUUCGUUUAAAAAGGAGCAUUCUGCAACCUUCCUGCCUGUUCUAGAGGUUCCUUCCCAACUGUUUUCAAAUUUCAUAGCUCCCACAAAAUCGCUUUUUUUUUUCUGUGAACUUCUUCCAUCAAUUAGCAAACUCGAAAGAAGAUUCUUAACGAAGACAUUAAACGAUUCAACAGUAAUGGAUGUGAGGUCUGUUGUUGAAGCUGUUUCUACGGAUGAUGACGACGCUCCAUUGUACCAGGUUGAGAGCCUCUGUAUGCGAUGCGGUGAAAAUGGGAUAACGAGAUUUCUAUUAACUUUGAUUCCACACUUUAGAAAGAUCUUGUUGUCAGCCUUUGAGUGUCCUCAUUGUGGCGAGAGGAACAAUGAGGUGCAGUUUGCCGGUGAGAUACAACCCCGAGGUUCUUGCUAUCGCUUGGAAUUCUCAUCAGGUGAUCAAAAGAUGCUUAAUCGUCAAGUAGUGAAAUCCGAAACAGCCACAAUUAAGAUACCUCAAUUGGAUUUCGAAAUUCCUCCCGAGUCACAACGUGGAUCUCUAUCAACGGUUGAAGGAAUUUUGGUCCGAUCUGCUGAUGAAUUACAAGCACUUCAAGAAGAAAGAAAGAAAGUUGAUCCUCAGACUGCUGAAGCUAUAGACAAAUUCAUAUUAAAACUAAGAGCAUGUGCAACAGGGAAUUCAUCUUUUACCUUCAUAUUAGACGAUCCUGCUGGCAACAGCUUUAUAGAGAACCCGUAUGCUCCAUCUCUGGAUCCAUCAUUAACUAUUGAUUUCUACGAGAGAACUCCGGAUCAACAAGCCUCACUUGGAUAUCUUGUUGACCAAUCACAAACAAGAGAACAUGAAAAUGAUGAAUCAUCAAACAAAAACAAUCAAACAUCUCAACCCCAUGGAUCAGUUGGAGCAGUUGCUGGAAGGCGAGCUAUUGCUCAGGGUAACACUGCAGAAUUUGCUGAAACUCUUUUUCGCUAUACUGCACCAGAAGAGGUGAUGACAUUCCCAUCAACAUGUGGUGCUUGUGCUGUUAGAUGUGAGACUCGGAUGUUUGUGACCAAGAUUCCAUACUUCCAAGAAGUGAUUGUGAUGGCAUCUACUUGUGAUGCUUGUGGCUAUAGAAAUUCUGAGCUGAAGGCAGGUGGUGCUAUACCUGCAAAAGGAAAGAAAGUGACACUGAUUGUGAGAAAUGUUAAUGAUUUAAGCCGUGAUGUCAUAAAGUCCGACACUGCAAGUGUAAAAAUCCCGGAGAUUGAUUUGGAGCUUGCAGGUGGCACGUUAGGAGGCCUUGUGACAACUGUCGAAGGUUUAGUCACCAAAAUCAACGAAAGUCUUGAGAGAGUACACGGGUUCACUUUUGGAGAUAGUCUGGACGAGGAUAGAAGAAGCAAAUGGCUCGACUUCAAAGCCAGGCUCCUCAAGCUUCUGAAUAUAGAAGAACCUUGGACACUGAUCUUAGAUGAUGCUCUGGCAAACUCUUUCAUUGCACCAACAACCGAUGAUAUUAAAGAUGACUUUCAGUUAACUUUUGAUGAAUACGAGAGAUCAUGGGAACAGAACGAGGAGUUGGGAUUGAAUGACAUGGACACCUCUUCUGCUGAUGUGGCAUAUGCUUCAUGA